UAAAAUUAUCGAUAUAUUCGAAGCCAGCUGGCGAUAACCUGUGUAUAAACAGUUGGCAGAAAAACAAGAAAACAGAAGUCGGCCGAAAUGUGGAGCGUAAAAAAAACCAAUUUCUAUGAGUAAACGAAACAGCGGCGCCACCGAGUCACAAUAAUUGUAUGAAAAACAUCUAAAACGCAAGCAGAUAGCGAGCGGGCGGCGGGGCGAGCUGCACAAUUCCCAAACAUAUGGACGCAGUACGCCAACUCCAAAAGAUAACGAACGAAGGAAAAGAUAUACAGAUACCAGGCUACCCGCCGCGAUAAAAUAAUGGUGGCCGCGAAAUACGAGCGUAUUUCUUCCGGGACGACGGGCAACGCCAGCGAGGCCGAGGAGGAGGAGGAGAUAGAACUGGAGCUGGAUCUGGGCCAGAAGAAUCGCAACAUCGUGCAGCAGAAUGGGAAAGACAGUCGACAUCGUCAGACGAAUUUUAAAUACGUCACCAGUAGCGGCAAAACGGGAAAGAACGGCGGUUCCGGCGGCAACAUCGGCGACUCCACCACGGCCACGUUGGCACAGGAAAAAAUGGCCGAGUCGCGCUUCAUGCAGAUGGCCAUUGGCACCCUCGUCAUAAUCCUUCUGUACCUUUGUCUCUCCAUUCUGUUGACCUUCUACCAGACGGACAUCAACCGGGCUAUGCCCUUUCCGCUGGCCAUUGUGUCGUACCAUUUGAUCCUGAAAUUCCUACUGGCAGCCAUCAUUCGAAGGAUAUACAAGCUGAGAGUGGGACGAUCUCGUGUCCAACUGGACUGGCGGGUGGCCCUCAGGAAGAUGGCACCCACCGGCGUGGCCAGUGCCAUCGAUAUCGGCUUCUCCAACUGGGGACUGGCCCUGGUGCCGAUCUCCCUCUACACGAUGACGAAGUCUUCGACCAUUGUCUUCAUCCUGCUGUUUGCCAUUGCUCUGGGGCUGGAGAAGAAGAGCUGGUAUCUGGUGUCGAUUGUGGGCCUGAUUGGCACUGGCCUGGUGAUGUUCACCUACAAGUCCACCCAGUUCAACGCCCUGGGCUUCUUUUUCAUUCUAUUCGCCUCGCUGAGCAGCGGCCUGCGCUGGAGCUUCGCCCAGUUCAUAAUGCAGAAGUCCAAGCUGGGCCUCCACAAUCCCGUCGAUAUGAUCUACUACAUGCAGCCGUGGAUGAUAGCGUCGCUAGUGCCACUGGUGUGUGCCAUCGAAGGACCCAGACUAGUGACAGUGAUCGAGGACCUUCACAAUCAUACUUCGGCCGAGAUAACCUGGGCAUGGGCGCGAAUCACCCUUGGUGCUCUGUUGGCCUUCCUCAUGGAGUUUGCCGAGUUUCUGGUGCUCUGCAAGACCUCCAGCCUCACCCUUUCGAUAGCCGGCAUCUUCAAGGACAUCUGUCAGCUGGCCUUGGCCGUGACCUUCAAAAAGGACCAGCUCAGCCUGAUAAACGUCAUUGGUUUGGUGGUGUGCCUGGCGGGAAUCGUGUGUCAUCUGCUGCACAAGUACUCCACCAUGCAGGACUCUCAGAAGCAACAGCAGUCCCUGGAGUUCGACAACGAUAAUGAGGAGUCUUCGGGCGAAUACAAGUUCAACGAUGGCAGCGGUGGUGCUGGCAGUAGUGCUGGGGGUGUGCACGUUAAGUCUCACUCCACGCUGACGGUGCCGCUGCUGGAGCAAACCGAUUCGGAGGACGAAUCGGGCAACGAUCCAGGCAACAAACAGAACGCAUCCGAUGUGAUCUUCGACGUGCUGAAGCGGCGCGACAUGCAGCGAUGAGAGUGACUGUACAGAUGUCCCCCACCCAUUGGACAUUGUCCUGUAAAUGUUGUAAAUUCGAUUAAUCCACUGAUCAUGUCGUGUCCCUUCUCCUUAUAACUAAAUGAUAGCCACUGCGUGUUUUUUAAAAGUGAGAUUCCCUAUUCCUUCCGAAACACAAAACACACACUUGAUGAUUCCCUACGCAUUUGCUAGGCUAGACACUGUAACUAUAUAUAAAAUUGUAAGCGGUUUAAAGAUUGAUUUUAAGGACCAUAGAUGGUUGGAACAGAAAGGUAGAUAUGGACGAUAAAUCCAAAAGUGAUUAUUAAUUUUACAAUUCUUAUCAAAAAAGCAUGACUUUAGGAAUCAAAUAAUUUGUUACAUUUCUUUUCCAACUGUCCAAAGUUAACUACUUAGCCUUACUCGAUUGCAUUAACUUUUUUUUGGGCUUUAACUUUAGUAAUAAUUAAAAAUGUAAAAAUAGCUAAUAAGCAGCUUAAAUAAUUGCUCUAAUUUUAAUUGCAUUCCAAAUUAUGCUAAUCCUUAUUAAUGAGCAAUUUAAAAUUGAAAACUUCUCGGAGAAAGACUUCAAAAGUGCGUCUGAUGAAUUUGAAAACCAGCCAUUUAUUUUUUGUAGAAAAUUAAAAAACUUGUCCUUAUUGUUUUUUUUUUAGUUAAUAAUGCUUCUUUGUUGUUGAGUUUAUGACUUAUGGUAACCGAUAAGUUGAUAGGAUAAUUUCAAUUAUAUAUUAAAUACACAUUAUAUAAAGAUCUA